CGAAUUCUGACUGUAAGAUCGGUUUGAGAGGUGUAGAAAGAGGUGGGGAAAGGAAUCCGACUCUAGUAACUUGUCGUAUAUAAAUAGCUUUACAGUUUCACACGAAUCGAAUAGCGUUCGCUUCGUAAUUCAAACAGUACCGAGAUCUUCAUCUGUUUUUCUUUCUUAUUCAAAAUUUGUCAACGAAUUUUUUCGGGAAACAAUUACGAUUGUUUAUUACGCGAACGUCUUUUCUCGAUAUAUCACAUCAUCGAAGAAUAAUACUUUAUAACAGACUAAACAGUCGAAGAAAAGUUGGAACUUUUUUAAAAUCUAAAGGAAUGAUGAAGUGUUAUGAAGCGUUCAUAUCGUUUAUCGUUGCUAUGUGAAUCGUUUACAGUUUUCGGACAAAGAUUGGACAAGACUAAAUAACCGAUCGACAGGAUAUCAUUCUACGCAUGAAAAUAAGCUGAAAAUGUACAAUACAUUUUUCCAUUUAAGGCUCUAUUUUCAAGAAAAUAGAGUUUGAACACAAUUUAGUUAGGAAUCGGCCUAGUACGCGCGUAUCAUAAAUUUCAUGCUAUUGCACGCUAUUAAAUGUACCAUAACAAAUAUUAAAUUACUUGCUAUUCGUUCAGGUCAUGCAUAUUUAAACAAAAAAAAAAAAAAAAAAAAAGGAAAAAGAGAAACAAAGACCGUGGUGAGUUCGCAGAAAACAGGGACAGUACGUACUAAGACGCUGAUAGUGAUACAUAUGCAUUUUCGACUUUAAACUUUAAACUUUCUGUCGAGUUCGAUUCCACUUCAGUUCGAAAAAUGUUUGAGCUGUUCGUGAACUAGAAAGUCCCGCGAAAUCCGGUCGAUAUAUCAGCUGUCCAGUUCAUCUGAAAUCAAAAAUUUCGCAAAUAAUUUCUUAUCAACGUAUAAUUUACAAUGUUUAUCAAUUUGGAAAUACUCUGCGGGCUCGCAUUGGCGCUCACUGUGCUCUAUUGCUAUUUAAUAACUCGUUACAAUUUUUGGACGAGCCGCGGAGUACCCGGACCGAAGCCCACGUUCCUCUUCGGCAAUACUAUGAAGUCAAUGUUUGGAAUGGAAUCGCUUCCGCAAUUGCUAACGAGAAACUACAAUGAUUUUAAGAGCGAACCAUUGGUUGGGAUAUUUUUAAGAACAGUACCCGUCUUAAUGGUCAAAGAUCCUGAUCUCAUCAAAGACAUCCUGAUCAAAGACUUUUCCAAAUUCGCGAAUCGAGGAUUCUUGAAAAGCGAACCGGCAGUACCAUUGUCUAAUCACCUGUUUUCCCUGGAAGCCAAGAGAUGGCGACCUUUGAGGACUCAACUCUCUCCGGUUUUUACCUCUGGCAAGCUUAGAGGAACUUUCUCCUUAAUUCUAGAAUGUUCUAAUCACCUUGAAAGUUAUUUGAACGCGAUGAUAGAGAAAGGAGAUCCUAUCGAUGUGCGAGAACUUGCCGCCAGAUUCACCACUGACGUAAUUGGCAGCUGCGCCUUUGGCAUCGAGAUGAAUUCGCUCUCGGAAAAAGAGAGCGACUUCCGUCGAAUCGGUAAACAAAUUUUUUCUACCGAUUUCUGGAAAAUAUUGAAUAUGAGAAUACGUCAGAUCCUGCCACCGUUGUACGCUUUUUUCGCUCGUAUACUGCCGUAUGACGAGGAAACGAAAAUGAUCAUGGGAAUCACUAGAGAGACGAUCGAAUACAGAGAGAAGAACAAUAUCGUCAGGCCUGAUUUUAUGAAUAUACUCAUGGAACUGAAAAGACAUCCUGAAAGAGUCGCUGAUAUUAAAUUGACGGACGAUUUGUUAGCCGCACAAACAUUUAUUUUCUUCGCGGCUGGUUUCGAGACCUCAUCGACUACGAUCAGCAAUGCUCUCUACGAACUGGCUUUGAAUCACGACAUUCAGGAGAAAUUGCGCGAAGAAAUCAAACAGUUCGCGGCGAAAAAUAACGGAGAGUGGAAGUACGAAACUAUAAAGCAAAUGCAAUACUUGGACAAAGUGUUUCAAGAGACGCUAAGGAAGUAUCCAGCUUUGCCAUUUUUAAGCAGAAAGUCGCUCGAAGACUACACGUUCGAAAAUGCGAAAGUAACAAUUCCCAAAGAAACGUUGAUAUGGGUGCCAGUUUUUCCCAUUCACAGGGACCCAGAGAUUUAUCCAGAUCCAGAAAAAUUUGAUCCCGAAAGAUUUUCCGAGGAUAAGAUAGAAGAAAGGAAUCCUAUGUAUUACUUACCUUUUGGACAUGGACCCAGAAAUUGUGUCGGUGCGCGUUUUGCAAUCUACCAAACGAAAAUUGGAUUAAUAAAAAUCCUGCAUAAAAACAAGGUUGGCGUUUGUUCCAAAACGCUAAUUCCUUAUAAAUAUAAUCCAUUUUCAUUCGUUCUGGCACCUACAACCGGUUUGUAUUUGACGAUAACCAGGGUAGAGGACUAACACAAUUUUAACAUUUGUUUGACACAAAUAAAAGUUUUUAUUAACGUAUA